UUCCAUUUCUCUCUCCUGCUGUCAGUGAUGGCGUCUGCUGAUGUGAGACAGGAGCUGGACUGUUCCAUCUGCCUGAGCAUUUAUACAGAUCCUGUAACCCUGAGAUGUGGCCACAACUUCUGCCAGGUCUGUAUUGAUCGUGCACUGGAUACACAGGAGGGGGCUGGAGCUUAUACCUGUCCUGACUGCAGAGCAACAUUCAAGAAACGACCUGCACUGCAGAGGAACAUAACGCUGUGUAACAUAGUGGGACGUUUCCUGUCUACUCGACCAGAUCAGGAGAAGACUGGGAUCUUCUGCACUUACUGUGUGGACUCUCCUGUACCUGCUGCUAAAUCCUGUCUGCAUUGUGAGGCUUCUCUGUGUGAUAAUCACCUGAGAGUACACAGCAAGUCAGCAGAACACGUCUUAUGUGAUCCCACCACUGCCCUGGGGAACAGGAAAUGCUCUGUACAUAAGAUGGUCUUGGAAUAUUACUGCACUGAGGAUGCUGCCUGUAUCUGUGAGGCCUGCUGUCUGACCGGGAAGCAUAGAGGACAUCAGGUGGAGUCGCUGAAUGAGGCCUUUGAGAAGAAGAAGGAGAAGCUGAGAAAUGUUCUGCAGAAACUGACCACAAAGAGAGCGGAGACUGAGAAAAGAAUCCAGAGUCUGCAAGAGCGCAGGAGAGAAGGUCAGGGAAAAGCAGCAGGUGUAACAGAGACAGUCACUGCCCUGUUUAGAGACAUCAGGAGACAGCUGGAGGACCUGGAGAAGAGAGUCCUGGGUGAGAUCUCCAGGCAGGAACAGCGCGUUUCACUCUCAGUCUCUGAUGUGAUCCAGCAGCUGGAAAUAAAGAAGGACGAGCUGUCCGGGAAGAUGCGUCACAUUGAGGAGCUGUGUAACAUGUCUGAUCCAGUGACUGUCUUACAGGAACCAGACACAGGGGACUUGUGUGAUACUGAGGACACAGACAGACAUGAUAACCAGGUCCGUGGUGCAGGAGAUCUGGAUGUGGGUCUCAUCUCAGGGUCAUUAUACACAUUAUCUGAUAUAAUAACAGGGAUAAAUACAGGGAUCUAUGUGCAGGAGGAUACAGCCCUAUUACUGGAUGUAACUACAGCUGGUAAUACAGACUCUGAUAUAAUAACAGGUAUAAAUACAGGGAUCUAUGUGCAGGAGGCUACAGACAUAGUGCUGGAUGUAACCACAGCUGGUGAUAAUAUAGAGAUAUCAGGUAACAGGAAAACUGCAUCAUGGUCAUAUAUAAACCACAAUCACCCAGUAACACCAGAGAGAUUUCAGUAUAAUCAGGUAAUAAGCACCAGGGGAUUCUCCUCAGGGCGACAUUACUGGGAGGUGGAUGUCAGUAAGUCAGUGAGGUGGAGGGUGGGGAUGUGUUACCCCAGUAUAGGCAGGAGGGGACGUCAGUCAUACAUUGGGGAGAAUAACAAGUCCUGGUGUGUGUGUAAGUAUUAUAAGCAGUACUCAGUGAGACAUGACAGUACAGUGAUCCAGUUACCUGACAAUAUCUCCUGUGACAGAGUGAGGGUAUAUCUGGAUUAUGAGGCAGGACAGCUGUCCUUUUAUUCUUUGUGUGGCCGGACCAGACACUUACACACCUACACUGCCGCCCUCACUGAGCCCCUCCAUGCUGUGUUAUGCGUAGAGAAUGGUUGUAUCAAGAUAUCUGGGGCAGUUAGUUAUGAGCAAGGAGACGGAAUGUGA